AUGAACGUUUCAAAAGAUUCCAACUAUGAUCUAGACAAAUGUAUCGAAAUGCUUUAUAAAAGACAACUACUACCAGAAGUGACAAUACAGGCGCUUUGCAAUAAAUUGAAAGAACUCUUGAUAAGGGAAUCGAAUGUGGCAUAUAUUAGUACCCCAGUAACGGUGAUCGGGGACAUUCAUGGGCAAUUCCACGAUUUGAUCGAGAUUUUCAAGAUCGGGGGGUUUGCUCCCGAUACCAACUACUUAUUUCUCGGGGAUUAUGUCGAUCGAGGAAUGUUUUCUGUCGAGACAAUCACCCUCUUGAUGUGUUUGAAAUUACGGUACCCUAACCGAAUCAAUCUAGUGCGAGGCAAUCAUGAAUCGCGUCAAAUCACCCAGAAUUACGGUUUUUACACCGAGUGUCAGAGGAAAUACGGAGGGUCUACUGAAGUAUGGAACUAUUUCACCGAUAUGUUUGAUUACUUGAUCUUGAGCGUGGUGAUCAACAAUGAAAUUUUCUGCGUCCAUGGAGGGUUAUCCCCCAACGUUCAUCACAUUGAUCAAAUCAAAUUAGUCGAUCGGUUCAGAGAAAUCCCCCAUGAGGGUCCGAUGGCCGACCUUGUAUGGUCUGAUCCUGAUGAUGAAGAUAAUGAUUUCCAAUUGAGCCCGCGAGGCGCGGGGUACACUUUCGGGGUCGACGUGGUGAAGAAAUUCUUGAUCUUGAACAAUAUGAAUAAAAUCCUUAGGGCCCACCAACUAUGUAACGAAGGGUAUCAAAUCUAUUUCAAUGGGUUGGUCACCACAGUUUGGUCGGCCCCCAAUUAUUGUUACCGUUGUGGAAAUAAGGCUAGUAUCUUGGAAGUUUACAGCAGUACGGAAAGUUACUUCAAUGUUUUUGAAGAGAGUCCAGAAAACCGAAACGAGAUAGAAAUGAUGAACAACUUACAAAACAAAAGUUACGUCGAGUAUUUCUUAUGA